AUGGUAGAGGACCAACAACAUAAACAAGAUCCUGACCAUGUCUGCUAUGACGAGUUGCUGGAUCUGUACAACGACGUCCUUCAACAAUACAAAAGGACCAAAGGCUUCGAUGGAUCUUCGUAUGCAAUGAUACACAGCACCGAAUUUGACGAAGCCAUAAGAAAACAUAACGACUCGAAAUGUAAUAAGAGCUCUCUUGUGUUGAAUUCAGCUCUAAAAUUUUUGGCUGAUCGAAAUACCACAAUGAGAGAGAAUAACAUGGAAGAGGUGUUGGCACGUACAAGAACCCAACUUUCUAUCGAUCGACAACAGCAGAGAGAGAAUAAUAUACAAGAGAUGCAUGCACGUACAUACACACCACAACGGCCACAAGAGCAUGCGCCUGAUUCAAAACUUGUUCAGCAUUGCUUUGUGAGGAUGCAAGACAGCGACAGGGCUCUUUCCCAAUUCCUAGCCUACCACUGUGAAUUCUUUAGAAGCCAACGUAUCAUCUUUUAUUGUGAUGCCGAUAUCAAUGCUAAAGCUAUCAGCGGUUAUCUAUCCACAUUUGACGUGCCAAAUACUACCCUAUUGGAAGAGGUAUCAUCCGAUGAGCGCCACUCGCAAUUAGAAACCUUUCGUCGAGCACCUUGUGUGCUGGUGGUCAGUGGUAAGAAUCUAUCCCUUGAGGAGCUUCAUGGUAUUCCGGUGGCUGCUGUGUUCUUGUAUUAUCCUCCACGUACCUCGCAUUUAAGAAAGACCCCUGGUGGCAUAUAUGGUUAUCAAAGCCAAAUCGAUGCGGUGUGCCGCUUUGGCUAUCCUGGGGUAUGCAUCGUGAUAGUUCAAGAUGAGGCUUUGCAGGAAGCACUCGAGUCACUUGCAUCGUUUUAUUACCUUCGAUAUGGGACCAAAUUGAAGCAAUUGAAUCCGAGAGCCGAUGGAUCACUGGCACAAAUAUUAGCAAAGCACUUGCUAUGA